AUGGGUAUCAAAGGUCUUAAUAGUAUAAUACAGGAGCAUGUACCUACUGCUAUCAAGGCUAGGGAAAUGAAGCAGUUUUUCGGACGCAAGGUUGCCAUCGAUGCAUCGAUGUCGCUAUAUCAAUUUUUAAUUGCAGUGCGGCAACAAGAUGGUGUACAAUUAGCGACUGCUGAGGGAGAGACAACUUCGCACUUAAUGGGUGUGUUUUACCGUACGCUACGUAUGAUUGACAAUGGGUUAAAACCGUGUUACGUAUUUGAUGGUAAACCUCCAGUUAUGAAAGCGCAUGAAUUGACGAAGCGGUCGACACGACGCAUGGAGACUGAACAGAAAUUGAGUGAGGUUACUGAGCAAGCAGAUAUCUUAAAACAUGAAAAACGUCUGGUAAAGGUGGAGCAAUGGCAUGUUAACGAGUCAAAGAAGCUCUUGUCGCUGAUGGGGAUUCCAUUUGUAGAUGCACCAUGCGAAGCAGAAGCACAAUGUGCCGAAUUGGCACGCAAGGGUAAAGUAUUUGCAGCUGCAAGUGAAGAUAUGGAUACCUUAUGUUAUAGGACCCCUUACUUGUUGAGGCACCUGACUUUCAGCGAAGCAAGAAAAGAGCCCGUUCAUGAGAUUGACACAGAACUAGUCUUAAAAGGUCUAGGACUAUCCAUUGAACAAUUUGUUGACCUAGGUAUCAUGCUUGGUUGUGAUUAUUGUGAGAAUAUAAGAGGUAUUGGCCCAGUGACCGCCUUAAAACUGAUGAAAGAACAUGGUUCACUUGACAAGGUGGUGGAAUACAUUUCAUCUGGCUCCGCGAAUGCUAAGUGGAAAGUACCUGAAAACUGGCCUUAUAAAGAGGCUCGUGAAUUAUUUCUCAAACCAGACGUAGUUGAUGCUGACACAAUCUCAUUGAAGUGGGAGGAACCCAAAGAAGAGGAACUGAUUGAGUUCAUGUGUAAAGAGAAGGGCUUUAACGAGGACAGGAUUAAGUCUGGGAUACAGAAGCUGCGAAAAGGACUAAAAUCUGGCGUUCAAGGCCGUCUGGAUUCCUUCUUUAAGGUAAAGCCCAAGACUGAGGAAGAAUUAAAGGCUGCAGCGAAGCGAGCUAAGGAAGCCAAGAAGAAGAACGCGCAGAAGGGUAAGGUAGGGAAGAAAAGGUGA